UUGGAGUAAUUUUAUAUUGUCUUUUUUAAUCUUUCCUCAGAAAUGUUACCACUUCGUAUUCCAGCGCUACCGCCUGGAACACUACACGGUCUCCUCCAACUGGCUGGCUCUGUGCACUGUCUUCCUCUUUGGCCUUUUGUCACUGUCACGCUCUGUUGCCUUAUUCAGAGGCUACCAUGGGCCCCUGGACCUGUACCCAGAAUUUCACAGGAUUGCUACUGACCCGAGUAUUCACACUGUGCCGGAGGGGAGACCAGUUAAUGUCUGCGUGGGGAAGGAGUGGCACAGGUUUCCAAGCAGCUUUCUCCUGCCAGAUAAUUGGCAGCUCCAGUUUAUCCUGUCAGAAUUCAGGGGCCAGUUACCAAAACCGUUUGCCAAGGGACCACUGGCCACACGGAUCAUUCCCACUGACAUGAAUGACCAAAACAAGGAAGAGCCAUCUCGAUAUAUUGACAUUUCCAAAUGCCAUUAUCUGGUGGACUUGGAUACAGCAGCCGAAACCCCAAGGGAGCCAAGGUAUUCCUCCAACAAAGAAGAGUGGGUAACCAUUGCCUACAAGCCAUUCCUAGAUGCUUCCAGGUCCUCAAAGCUGCUGCGUGCAUUCUACGUCCCUUUCCUCUCAGAACAGUACACGUGGUAUGCAAACUAUACUAUUCUGAAAUCCCGGAAAUCGAAGCCAACCAGGAAAAAGAUGGGAGGCUAGCAACACACCUGGGCAGCAAAACCAAAAGCAUCUUCUGACAUUCUUGGACAGCUGCCUGAGCCAUCUUCAGUUCCAUUUUUGAAAGAUUGCGCUUGUGAGAUUCACUAAUAAAGGUUUUGCAUGAAGUGAUUUUGCUCUGCAA